CAUUCUUCACUGGGGGCGUGGAGCGUGCACUGGGCCGACAAAAUGCAGACUGCCGGCUCCCGAGAGUGUUUGUCCGGUGUAGUAGAAUAUUUUGGCAACGCCGUGACCAUCCGUGGGACGCCUGGGAACUACACAUUCAGCGGGCCCUUGGUGAUUGUCCUGGGAAUAAUAUCCGAGCACAUUGGACGAUGCUUCAGCUACACCAGAGCGUCGAUGGCCUACGGCUACCCCCAGCCCAACGGGUCCUGGACGGGCACCCUCGGCCAGGUGCAGAGAAACAAAUUUGACUUUCUCGCCUCGUUCAUAACUCUGACGUCUGAGAGGGUGGCUGCCCUGGACCCCAGUACGUACAUCAUCCUGGACGAGAUGACCGCCGUGUAUGCCCGGCCAGGCGUCGAGCCCGACGUGGCAGGCUUCAUCAAGCCCUACACCGCCGGGGUGUGGCUGCUGGUGCUGCUCGCCGCCCUCUUCGUGUUCGCGGCGGGCGUGAUCGUCCUGCGGUGCGUCGGCCGCCCCGCCCCGCCAAGGUAACGCCGGGCUGGUGUUUGAUCCAGCCACCAGCCAAGUUGUACAAGCGAAACAACAUACAAAACUCACCGGAAAAUAGAAAGCUUUAACAGGAAGCCAGGCGAAGAGAAACAAAAAAACUAUCAGCUAGUCUUGUGAAACAGUAGGCAUGAGGACACUGUUGCCGGUCCUUAUCGUAACUGAUUUCUAUUGACAGCCCCACCCGCGGCGCACCACUGGCUGCCGAUGUUCCCCGGGACGCUGCAGCCGACGGUUCAGGCGCCGCCGAGGCCGAGGCGGCGGGGUGGCUGGCCGCGGCACGGCGGGCAUCGCUGUGGACCUGGUCAACCCUGCUGGCCCACAGUGAGUGUCAAGGAGACUAUAUUAUAUAGAGACUUUAUCUCCUUGGCGAGUACCACAGUACAAGCUUCAAAAGAUCUACACUUGUUGGAAACCUGCCAUAAUAAACUACCUGCACCUUCCAACCAAGGCGACUGUACUGUAGUCUCCUUGCUUCCAACCUUGCAGUAUGCAUUAGGCGGCUUUAUUUACAUGCACCAUUCU